UUUAGGUAAAACCAAACAAGAAAGUGGUAAAUCUGGGCAGAUAAGCAACUUAAAGGGGAAGCGUGAUUACCACAAAGAUUCUAAGUUAGAGUCUUGGAGAUUGAUUAUAAAAAACUUACCUUACAAGUUCACGACGAGAGAAGCUGCUGAGAAAGCCCGAGAUUAUUUGAACUCCAAUAAGUUCCAGGGACGGAUGGUAACCGCCGGAUGGGUACUACCAAAGGAUACGCGUGAGACGGCAGCGCAGGAAGAGCGGGAACAGCUGAAGAAGAAGGUAUUCGAGGACGAUGCGAAUUUAAAGGAAGAGAAGCCAGAAUUAUCAAACGACGAAGACGUCGAUGCGGAAAGUGACAGUGAUGAAGUGGAGUCUGGAAGUAAAGGUGAAGAUGACUAUGGGAACAGAAAAGAAGAGAAUGAAAAGGAUGAGGGGGCGAGCGAUGAAGAUAUUGGAAAUUACAAAUUUAUGAUAGGAUUGCUAAUUACCACAUAG